CUAUCUGCAAUCAGAAGAAGAAAACAAACAACACCUUGGAUUAUAAAUGCAGGUUAAACACACACAAAGGACCAAGUCAGUCACAAUGUUGGCGCUCUUACUUCUUGUGACCGUGGCCCUAGCAUCUGCUCACCAUUCUGGUGAGCACUUUGAAGGUGAGAAGGUGUUCCGUGUCAAUGUUGAAGAUGAAAAUCACAUCAGCUUACUCCAUGAGUUGGCCAGCACCACCCAGAUUGACUUCUGGAAACCAGAUUCUGUCACACAGAUUAAACCUCACAGUACAGUUGACUUCCGUGUUAAAGCAGAAGAUAUUUUCACUGUGGAAGAUUUUCUGAAGCAACAUGAACUACAAUAUGAGGUAUUGAUAAGCAACCUGAGAUCUGUGUUAGAAGGCCAGUUUGACAGCCAGGUCCGUGCCACUGGACACAGUUAUGAGAAGUACAACAAAUGGGAAACGAUAGAGGCUUGGACUCAACAAGUCGCCACUGAGAAUCCAGGCCUCAUCUCUCGCAGAGCCAUCGGAACCACAUUUGAAGGACGCACUAUGUAUCUCCUCAAGGUUGGCAAAGCUAGACCACAUAAGCCUGCCAUUUUCAUGGACUGUGGUUUCCAUGCCAGAGAGUGGAUUUCCCCUGCAUUUUGCCAAUGGUUUGUGAAAGAGGCUAUUCGCACCUAUGGACAUGAGAGCCACAUGACAGAACUUCUCAACAUGUUAGACUUUUAUGUCUUGCCUGUGGUCAAUAUUGAUGGCUAUAUCUACACCUGGACCAAGAACCGAAUGUGGAGAAAGACUCGCUCCACCCAGAUUGGAACCACCUGCAUUGGCACAGACCCCAACAGAAAUUUUGAUGCUGGUUGGUGCAAAGUCGGAGCCUCUCGAAAGCCCUGUGAUGACACUUACUGUGGACCUGCUGCAGAGUCCGAAAGAGAGACCAAGGCCCUGGCUAAUUUCAUCCGCAGCAACCUCUCUUCCAUCAAAGCAUAUGUGACAAUCCACUCAUACUCCCAAAUGAUGCUCUAUCCUUACUCCUAUGACUAUAAACUCACAGAGAAUAAUGCUGAGUUGAAUGCCCUGGCUAAAGCUACCGUAAAAGAACUUGCCACACUGUAUGGCACCAAGUACACAUAUGGCCCAGGAGCUACAACAAUCUAUCCUGCUGCUGGGGGCUCUGAUGACUGGGCUUAUGACCAAGGAAUCAAAUAUUCUUUUACUUUCGAACUCCGGGAUAAAGGCAGAUAUGGCUUUGUCCUCCCUGAAUCCCAAAUUCGGCCAACCUGUGAAGAAACGAUGCUAGCCAUCAAGUAUCUUGCCAGAUACGUCAUGGAACAUCCAUACUAGUAGAAAAUGCUGACAGCCUUAUUUCCAAGUGCUCACUCUUCAUUUAUUUUCAAUCCUGAGCUCUUAUUUUUGUUUCCCUGUAAAUUUUCCAGAUCCUAAUCUUUCUUUUAUGCUAUCAGUCUAUUAAACUACUUGGAUCUUUUAAUACUUGUAAUAAUAAAAGUGAAUCUAUUGUAAUUAUAAAA